AGCAUUUGAUGGUGUAAAUGUGUGUUUCAGCACUUUCAGAAGACAUGCAAUAUAUGCUACGGCUAAUGCUAAACCCAGAGACCUGCAAAAGAGCUACAGCACAGCAGUUGCUCUCUCUGCCCUCUGUGUGUAAACGCAAGUGGAGACGACAGCUUUCCCUCUGCAUCAUUGAGAGCUUUCUGUCCUUAUUCCACUGGAGUCAGUCCCUGCUUACAGCCGGAUGGAAUUUCAUAUCCUCUCUCAAUCUGUUGUUUACCUCUGUUUAUGAGACCUCAUCAACCGGUACUCCUCCAAGAGAGAGGUGGGAGAGGGAUGCAGACAUAAGUAACAUUUACUCCGACUCAGAAAGCCCCAUUCCUGACUAUGUGUUCCCUCCAGACGAUCCUGAACACUCUCCUACAUUCACCCACAGUGUCCAGGAAUGCAUAUCUGUUGGCAGUACUUCUACGCCACUGCCAAACACGCAGAUCAAUGACACACACACAUCAUUGCACAGCAAGUACACGCACUCUCCCUCCAGAAUCCAUUCCAGCAGCAGCUUGAGCCCGAUUCAUCACAGCUCCCAGCACAGUAUCACAGACUCACCCUGCAGCCGAGAGAGAAGCUGGAUCAUUGCUGAACUGUCUGAUAAAAGUAACUUUGAGCCGAAGAACUUGCUUAGUCUUUUUGAUGAGGCCACCCUAGAAAGCAAGCCUUGAGUUGUGAAUGCAACACUCUUAUUAGUAUAUAGCCAAUGUCUAAUUUUAAAUUGCCAUCUAACCUUUUGUAAGGUAACGUUCCUUUAUGUGGGGAAACAUUUAAAGUCAUUUAAACCUGGUUUGAUUAUAGGUUUUCUUGUUGUUUUUGUUUUUUUGCUGGUGCAAGUGUGACAUAGUUUGCCAAGACUUGAGAUACAUGUAUAUCUUUGAGAAAAUUAUAUCCUGUGUAAAUUGUACAGAAAUUUUGCAACAUGUUUUUCAACAACUUGUUCAAUGAUUUGACACUCAAUUAAAAGGCUGUAUGGAAAAAGCA